UGCAGGGGCGCGGUGCAGAACGGCGCGGCGAUAGUGCGGCCGCCGGGGCACCAUGCGGAGAGCGGCAUGGCAAUGGGCUUCUGCUACUUCAACAACGCUGGGCUGGCGGCGCGCGCGGCGCAGGCAGCCGGGGCGCGGCGCGUGCUCGUGCUGGACUGGGACGUGCACCACGGCAACGGCACGCAGCACAUCUUUGAGCACGACCCGGGUGUCAUGUACAUGUCCAUCCACCGCUACGACGGAGGCCACUUCUACCCGGGGACUGGGGCGGUGAAGGAGGUGGGAAGGGGCGCGGGCGAGGGCUUCACGGUGAACGUGCCCUGGCCCAUGGGGGGCAUGGGCAAUGGCGACUACAUGGCGGCCUUCAGCCACGUCAUCAUCCCCAUCGCGCACGAGUACAGCCCCGACCUCAUCAUCGUCUCCGCCGGCUUCGACGCAUCCGCCGGCGACCCCAUCGGCGGGUGCCGAGUGACGCCGGAGGCGUACGCGCACAUGACAGCCAUGCUGGGGGCGGUGGCGCCGCUGGCAGUGCUGCUGGAAGGAGGCUACAAUCUCACGGCCACGGCGGCAGGCUGCGAGGCGGUGCUGCGCGUGCUGCUGGGGGCGAAGCCGCCGCGCUUUGCCAAGCCG